AUGAGUCUGAAAUCUGGACAACAAAGAACUCAAAGUGGAAAGGGUUUUAUUUCAGGAGGUUCUAAUGUUCAGGUUGAGCGGUUUGAGGAUCUUGAUGUUGACAUGCAUAUGCAGCCAGUGAACACUGAUCCAUCAAAGCUGGAGUCAGUACCUGAGGUUCAGUUGGUGGAUGGUUUGUUGCUGUUGUUGGGUCUUGAAAAUUAUUCAACGAUAUUCAAAUAUGAGGAAAUUGAUAUGGCCACUCUGGUAUGCUUAAUUGAUGAUGAUCUCGAGGCUUUAGGAUUACCAGAGGGUCCAAGAAAGAAGAUACUUUUGGCAUUGGAGACUGAAGGCUUUCUUUCAUCGUCAAAUACCAAAAUUGCCCCAAAAAACAAUGUGGCUUGAUUUUUGACUUGGAGGGUUGAAGUUUUGGUGAAAAUUCCUGCAUCACAUCUAGAAGUAGAAGCAGACUAUUUGGCAUCAUGGAUUGGUGGUUGGAUUUUUUUGUAUCAAUGCUUUUGUUUUUAUUUUUAUUUUAUUUUUUAUUUUCUUUUCCACCAUGUUGAAAAAUGGGUAAAAAAAUGUUAUUGAUACCAUCUUUCACAAGAUAUGUUGAAUUAUAGUGGUACUAUUUACAUAUAUAUAUAUACGACUUUAAAAUUAAUGUGAGUUACAUAUAUAGUGGUGGUACUUUAAAUGAUGCCCGGUAACCGAGGGCAUGGAUUGUAGUUGGCCCAGCCGGCACCCAAAAAAGUGACACAGAAAGCGUGGCAGGCUUAUGCCAAGACAAGUCUUUUGAAUUGGCUGCUUGGUGCAUACUAUUUGAGUCGGAGGCUAACA